CACGACGACGGGUGUUGCGCGCGCGCGAUGGGCGCGCGCGCGCGAUGGGCGCGCGCGAUGGCGGCGGUGACGAUGGUGACGCUCGCGACGUCGAUCGCGGCGGCCGAACGCGUCGAACGGGAGGACGCGGUGCGAAUGUAUUACGUCAACGCGCGCGGUGCGACGACGAAGCGAUUGGAGAUGGAGCGCGCGGUGGUGGCGCUGGACGCGCGCGCGCGAAGGAUCGAGCGCGUGGACGCGAAGAGACGAUCGACGCUGCUGAUGACGUACGAAACGGCGACGUGUGGACGCGGAAGAUUCGCGCCGAGCGCGCACGCGGAGCGACGAGAACGAUUCGGCGAGGAGUACUUGAACGCGCUGGGGACGUCGCUGUCGCACCUGGAGGCGGUGUACGCGGCGUACGACGACGGGGCGAGCGUUGCGUUGAUCAUGGAGGACGAUGCGCGAUGGGACUUGCUGCCGACGUGGUCGAGCGAUUUGGAGAAAUUCGUGGAGCGGUUGCCGGAAGACUGGACCGUGACGCAGUUGUCGGCGCUCGGCGAUUACGCCGAGACGACGAAAUUGUUUUACGAUUGGCAGCGCGAGCGAAAGAAUGCGCCGGGACAGAGUUUGACGACAUUACCCAAAGGUUCGCGGCGUUUGAGCGGUACGCAGGCGUAUCUGAUCAGUCGUAAGGGGAUGAGUAGAUUAGUGAAGGCGUAUCGAUCGCCUGCUGGAAAAACGGAUGUGUGUUCAAUGACGUGCGUGGAGCUCGAGGAGUGCGUCUUGGCCGACGGUGUGCACUUGGAUGAGAAGUAUAGAGUCGCCACGCCGCCACUAUUUGUCGAACGCUCCCCAAGCAGCGACUUUCUCGAUUCGUCGCGAAAUAUGAUUCUCAGCUGGGCCGUCUCGCUGUCGCUGACUCAAGGCAAGGCGGCAAAUUUGCGCAUGGACGGAGAUAUGAUUCGCGAUGUUUUGGCGGAAGGCUUGAAAGUUCCCGAACACUUGAAGCCCAACACGUUCAUGGAGCAUUUCAAUUACCAUUGCAAGCUCAAUCACGGCGGUGGUUCAAAGUGUUCGAUCAAAAAGGCGUACUUGGUCAACCAAAAGCCGCCACGGAUGGAAGAGCCAGCUCUGGCCGAAGAAGCGCCCGUAGACGCCGAAGAAAAUUUCCGAGGUCACAAUGCAUCCGCAUUAGGUCGCGUGGUGAUGUCUCGUCGAGAUCUCGCUCCGAAAGAAACGAGUAUCUGGUCCGAGUAUUCCAAAUCGACGCCCUUCAUUUCGAUGUUCGUCUUCGGCGCGUUGACGACGUUUGUGCUCGCGGCGAGCUUCGUGUUCGCCAAAACACGCCCCGAGUCGUCCAGGGACGAGUUACAGACCAUUCUCCCUAUAGAUCCGCAAACUGAGGAGUAUUAUUCCUAA